GUUUAACCAGUUUUCUCAGUUGCUUGCUGGUGUUGCGCUGAGGAAGAUAGUGUGAUUUUUCUUUGGAUUCGACGUCUUGGGUCAUCGGCAAACUCAGUUUUUGAGUCAUCGGCGCGAAUUUUCUUUCGAGUGAAUCGCAAGAAGAGAAUGAACAGAUUUUUUACUUAAACCGGGAGAAAAAUCGCAAAAGGAAUCAUGGCAACAACAACGGAGGUUGGUGUUGGCGAUUUCGUCCUCAUGGACGUGAUCGACUUGGAUCAUUUUAUGGAAAAUUUGAAAAUCAGGUUUAAAGAUGGGCUGAUUUACACCUAUAUUGGCGAAGUAUGCGUGAGCGUAAACCCUUACAGGAACAUGAACAUAUACGACCAGUCCUAUGUGAAUAAGUACAAAGGUAGAGAGUUGUUUGAGAAUCCACCACACAUUUUUGCAAUUGCUGACGCUUCACACAGAGUGAUGAAGCAACAAAGUAGGGACACAUGUAUAGUGAUCAGUGGAGAAUCGGGAUCGGGCAAAACCGAAGCCUCAAAAAUCAUCAUGAAAUACAUCGCCGCUGUUACAAACCAAGGGAUGUUGCCCCUGCUGGACGGAACCGCCAACACAAAGGGAAAGCACGAAAUCGAACGCGUAAAAAAUGUGCUGAUCCAGUCGAAUGCCAUUCUAGAAGCCUUCGGCAAUGCCAAAACUAACAGGAACGACAACUCGUCCAGAUUCGGCAAGUACAUGGACAUUCACUUCGAUUUUAAGGGCGACCCUAUUGGGGGCCACAUCAGCAACUAUCUGCUGGAAAAGUCCAGAGUAACCACUCAACAAGCAGGGGAGAGGAAUUUCCACUGCUUUUACCAGUUGUUAAUUGGAGGCAGCGACGACUUACUGAAAAGACUGAACAUAUCCAGAGAUUCGGACCAAUACUUCUACGUCAAACAAGGCAAUGCGGCCAGAGUCGACAGCAUCAACGACAAAAUCCUGUUCAGAGACAUGAUCACGUCGCUUAACACUUUACAGUUCAGCAAAGAAGACCAAGACACUCUCUGGAGAGUGGUGGCGGCGAUUCUUCAUCUGGGGGACGUGCAGUUCGACAUUGUGGAAGACAAGCUGGAGUUGAAGAAAUCCAAGCAUGUGGAUGAUGUGGCUGCACUUUUACAAGUGAAGAAGACAGAUUUGGAGACGGCGCUUUGCGAACGAGUGAUUGCAGCGCGAGGCGACAUUAUGCGAAAAGAGCACACGGAAUCAGAGGCUUCAUAUGGUCGCAAUGCCUUUGCCAAAGCCAUAUAUGAGCGCCUAUUCAACUGGAUAGUCAAACGAAUCAAUGCGGCCAUCGCAGUGGACGCGCAAAACUUCAAAAAAAUAUACCAGAGCUCUUUGAUAGGGGUCCUGGACAUUUACGGCUUUGAGAUCUUCGACAACAACAGCUUCGAGCAGUUUUGCAUCAACUAUUGCAACGAAAAGCUCCAGCAGUUGUUCAUCGAACUGGUAUUGAAGCAGGAACAGGAGGAGUAUAACAGAGAGGGCAUCGAGUGGACUAACAUUGAGUACUUUAACAAUCAAAUCAUUUGUGAUCUAGUGGAAGCCCCACACAAAGGUGUGAUGGCGAUUAUGGACGAUGCAUGUAAAAUGACGGCCGAAAAAGUAACAGACGAACUUCUGCUGGAAGCCAUGGAUAAGCAGCUGAAAGGUCACAAACACUACAUGUCCAGACAAACGAAAACCGCUGAAAAGUCUUUGAGGCACAAGGUGGAUUUCAGAAUUACCCAUUAUGCGGGGGACGUGACCUAUUGCAUAGUCGGCUUUCUGGACAAAAACAAAGACACCCUGUUCCAAGACUUUAAGAGGCUGCUGUUUAACUCAACAGACCCCAAUUUGAAGGAAAUGUGGCCGGAGGGCUCCCAACACAUCACGCAAAUAACGAAGAGACCGCCCACUGCAGGGACGCUUUUCAAGACAUCGAUGCAAGAACUAGUCAAGACUCUUAUUAGCAAAGAACCGCAUUAUGUGCGUUGCAUCAAGCCGAACGAAGUGAAAUCGGCCUCGGCUUUUGACUAUGAAAGAGUCAAACAUCAAGUGAGUUAUUUGGGACUGAUCGAGAAUGUUCGAGUUAGGAGGGCAGGCUUUGCCCAUAGACAACGCUAUGACAAGUUCCUGAAGAGAUACAAGAUGAUUUCCCACUACACCUGGCCGAACUUCCGCAACGGCUCGGACAGAGAUGGGGUGGAAGUUUUAUUGAAAGAAACUGGCUUUGGCAAUGACGUAAAGUACGGAAACACCAAGAUAUUCAUUCGAUCCCCCAAGACGCUUUUCGAGUUGGAAAAAUCCAGGAACAUUCUUAUCCCUAGCAUUGUGACUUUGAUCCAGAAAACCUGGAGAGGUUACAAAGCCAGCCAGCUCUACAAGCGAAUGCAGGCGCUGAUGGUCAUGGUAAAGGCCUACAGGCUGAAGAAAAUGCGGGUUUACAUCAACCAACUGCAGGCGAAAUUCCAAAGGGCCAAAACGAUGAAAGAUUACGGAAAGAGCAUUAUUUGGCCCGCACCACCCAGAGCCUUACACGACACCGCCCGGUUGUUCCGCAUGGCUUUCAACCGAUGGCGCGCCUUUAUGGUCUUGAGCCGAGUUAACAAAGCCGAUUGGGCUCAGAUGAAGCUGAAAAUUAGUGCGGCCAGUGUGCUGAUCAACAAAAGGCCUCAGUACGGCAUUAACCGAAAAUGGGACGGCAACUAUCUGUGUCGCCUGGAUGAGAAUAGCAACUACUCCGCGUUUAAUGAUGCAAUAAAUAACUUGAAGAACUCCAAGCAUUUUAGUCAGGUGCUGUUUUCUUCAUACGUUACCAAGUUCAAUAAAUUUAAUAAAGUGGCCGAAAGAGUGAUGCUGAUAACCGAUCAGUUCAUCUUCAAGUUGGAUACAGAAAAGUUCAGAAACAUGAAAGAAGGCGUGCCAUUAAAAGACUUAACAGGCAUAAGUGUAAGUCCGGGGCAAGACCAACUGAUCGUGCUGCACUGUCCUGGCGGAAACGACUUGGUAGUUUCUCUUCAUUGCCUCAAACAAGAGGACCGAGUGGGGGAAUGUAUCGGAGUUAUUUGCAACAAGUUCUACCAACUCCGAAACGCCGAACUGCCAGUAAAAGUAAGCAAAACCAUUCAGUGCUCCCUAGGGGGCAAACAGCGGCUUAUUAAUAUUCACGUGUCUGCGGAAAUUCAGACCGCUACCUUCAAGAAAGAAGGAAAUGGCAUUUUGUACUUGUUACCAUCAGGGUAUGCUAUUUUGGAAAACGGCAACAACCACCUGAAGAAUUAGUAAGCAAAAUACAAUUUCGUGCGUAAAUACUUCUACUAAAAGGCAUCGUUUUCAAUAACCAGCGUCUUUUGUGCUUAACUGCUACACAUACAUGUACUGAUGGUACGUUAAAUAUCCAAAGAAAUUUACCGUUCUGGUACUUAUUUAUACUUUAACUGCUUACCGUCGAAGUAAGCAUUAACAGUGCCUUUAGCAAGCUUUAUUGAGCUAACUGAGAGCAUCAACGAACUAGUUUUAAAUGUUAAUAUUUUUUAUAAAACCAGAUAUAAAUAUUGUAUUUUGUAUUAUAUCCCACAUGUGAUGCUGAAAGAUUUUCGCCACUAGUACGAUUGCACUAUAUUUAAUGCCUUCUAAUUGAAAAAUUGUUAAACAUAAUUAACUGUUUAUAGUUUGCAUUGUUUCGGGUCAAGUUAAUGCAAUUUUCUUCUCAACUCCCCGUUAGUGUGAGAAGACUGUACGUGCUAUAAAUUAUCUGUGUUAUGCUUUGUAUUAUUUACUUGUAAUUGAAUUAUUAUAGUUGUACUAAAUAAUAAGUAAGUUGAA